GCUCUUGUAUUCGACAUUUCAAGUGAAACCAGAGUAGAGUAUGGAGAAGAAUCUCGUUAAUAUUUCAUUACUGAUCAUACAAAUAUUGAUCAUAGAUAUUGUUUAUGGUAUUCCGGUGAAAAAAUGGUAUGAUUUGAAAAAUGUUGGCAACAUUUUCAUAGAAAAUGAUCAAAAGUUCAAUUGGUUUCAAGCUUGGAAUGAAUGUGUCUCCCAGAAUAUGGUAUUAAUAACUGUGGAUACGUGGGAGAAAAAUGAGGACCUAACCCAGCUUUUGAGAGAGAACUCAUUAAAAUCCAAUUUAUGGAUUGGUGGCCAUGACUGGGGUGACAAAGGUCGUUUUGUAUGGUCCUCCACCGGCAAACGUUUCACCUUUACCAACUGGAGCAAAGGCAAUCCCGAUAAUGUCCGAGAUGUGGGCAGCUGUGUCCAUUAUUGGAAAUCAGCCGACUAUGAGUGGAACGAUGCCCAAUUUAAUAAUACCUUUGGUUUUAUAUGCGAAGAGAAUCCCCGACUUGUGACAGCUCGCAAAGAUCUUGAGAUGAAAAAGGAAUUUAUGGAUCGUUUAUUUGAGCUAUAGGUUGACCUUAGUGUAAAAAAAGGUUUCGCUGCCGAAUCUCCAUGACUCCACUUACAAGAAAUAAAUAAUAUAUAAUUUUUCUUAAA